AUGAUUGCCUUUAAUGUGAGCAGUUACAACCCAGGGCCCUUCGUUUUGGUGGGGAUCCCGGGCCUGGAGCAAUUCCAUGUGUGGAUUGGCAUUCCCUUCUGUGUGAUCUACAUCGUAGCUGUGAUGGGAAACUGUGUACUUCUCUACCUCAUCACAGUGGAACGGAGCCUUCAUGAACCCAUGUUUUUUUUUCUGUCCAUGCUGGCAAUGACUGAUCUCAUCUUGUCCACAGCUGGUGUGCCUAAAACACUCAGUAUCUUUUGGAUGGGGGCUCGAGAAAUCACAUUCCCAGGCUGCCUGACACAGAUGUUCUUUCUCCACUAUAGCUUUGUCCUGGACUCCGCCAUUCUAAUGGCCAUGGCAUUUGAUCGCUAUGUGGCUAUCUGUUCACCCUUGAGAUAUGCUACCAUCUUGACUCCCAAGACUGUUAUCAAGAUUGUUGUGGGCAUCUCCUUUCGAAGCUUCUGUAUCAUCUUGCCAGAUGUAUUUUUGUUGACACGCUUACCUUUCUGUAGGACACGCAUCAUACCUCACACAUACUGUGAACACAUUGGUGUUGCCCGGCUGGCAUGUGCAGAUAUCUCCAUCAACAUCUGGUAUGGAUUUUGUGUUCCCAUCAUGACAGUCAUCUCAGAUGUGGUCCUCAUUGCCAUCUCCUACACCCUCAUCCUAUGUGCUGUUUUUCGCCUCCCCUCCCGAGAUGCACGCCAGAAGGCCUUGGGCACCUGUGGUUCUCAUGUCUGUGUCAUUCUCAUGUUUUACACACCUGCCUUUUUCUCCAUCCUUGCUCAUCGCUUUGGACACAAUGUCUCCCUCACAUUCCACAUCAUGUUCGCCAAUCUCUACAUUGUUAUUCCACCAGCAAUGAACCCCAUUGUCUAUGGAGUGAAAACCAAGCAGAUCAGAGAUAAGGUCAUUCUUUUAUUUUCUGCCAAGAGCACAGAAAGUUGAUCUAUUGACUAGCAUUAAAGGCAGGAGAAAUUCACCGUGCAUAUGCUUUUAUCAAGAAUGAAAGUGUGGCAAAAAUAAAAGAGAAUUCUAUUUAAAGCAAAAAUGGCUUGUAGAUGCUUUGUGUACCAGGCAGGACUAUCUGAUACAUAGCCUUAUGGAUAAGAAGGAAUCCCUGAUGACCUCAGUUGUGUGAUAUGACACUGACAGAGAAGAAAGAGAUGAGGACAGAGUAGAAUUAACCUAAAUGAAAAAAAUCAUUAUGAUUUGGAAAUUGCAAUUGGCACUUCCAAUGAAAGAAACGCAUUAAAAUAGAGAUACUGAAG